AUGGGUAGUAGUAAGAAUAUUUAUUUCAUACUAACCAUUUUAGUGGUGAAUGCAUUAUUGGCAUCAACCAAAGUAGUUGUUCCUUUACCAAGAAGAUCAAGAAGAUCUCUCCCAACUACACAACCUCCUCCAAAGCCCAAUUUUCAAAGGCACUUAGAACCAAGUCCUCCUAUUGCGCAUUCACCACCGUCGUCUCCUCCGCCUCCGCCACCUUAUCCAAGCCCCUUUCCAUCUCCGACUCCACGGUUUCGUCCUCCACAUUUGGCAUUGCCACAUCCUCCUACUUUUAUCCCUUCACCACCUUCUCCAAAGCACAAUAAAGCAAGGCCCGCCAGCCCGAAUCCUCCUACUUUUAUCCCUUCACCACCGUAG